UCGCCGAUUAUAGUAUCCGUUACGCAUGCGCCUGAUAUCUGCGCCGACUUCAGUGCGCACAGUUGCUUUGCACGUUGUUCAAAUUUUGAAAUUUGAGCUCUUGCGACAUUGUGACCUUGCUUUGGCAAAUUUGCAAAUACAGCACAGAUUACAAGAAUUUUGAGUACUAAGACAAGCAGUUGGUUAAGAAUACCCAAUUUUGUCUUUCUGGAUAUUUUUUGUAUCAAAUCUGCACCGUUUAUACCAACUAGGGGCGGCGUUGACUGUUGGUAAACACAUAUCCGGAUUUAGUAAUUCGGAUAUAACAUUUUGUCUUUGACAAAUAAACUUCGGAGCUUUCGUCUGAUUAUUUAAGAUAAGACACUGUAUAGUAAUUGUUGUUCCAGUCAUCCAGUGUUAUCUUAAAUAAGCUCGAAGGUUUUCUGCCCUUGUCAUGGCCUUCCAAGCCAAGGAGCGUUUUAGAUUUGUAUUUUCAGGUUUGACGCACGGCAGUGACGGCACCGGUGUUCUUGUUGCAGGCGAUUCCAACGUGAGACACAUUUGUAACUCCAUUGACGCUGAUAGCAAAAAUGUGGAUCCUCUGACUAUACCAGGGGCCCGGAUUCUACGUGACGGAAAAGGAUUUCUCAAUGCACUAACUGCCAAGCUGAGUCGUAAUACCUUUGAACGGCUAUAUCUUCAUCUAGGUUCUAAUGAUGUGCUUUCGUCUCAAGAGAAAUAUAUGAGCUCUCUGAUGUCCUUGUGUGACCACAUACAUGAGAUGUCACUGUCACAAAUUGACAUACGGGCCUUAUUUUAUCUGUAGUGUAAAUGCAGGUAUUGCAUCAUCUUUUUGUAAAUUUUUGAGUUAUUGAGGUAAAUGUCAGAUUUUACGUAUAAAAUACCUCUCAUGUUUUUCUGUAUUUCAUAACUUAAAUUUCCAUGUAAAUUUCAUUAAAUUCGGUUCAGUAAUAAGAAAGUUGAUAUUUUAUAAACUUCAGUAAUUUAUGUUUUUAUCCCCAAAACCACUAUAAUGGGCCUCAAAUUGUCAAUUUCAAUCCGCGCCAAAGUAGUCAGAUUUCCCGGCUAUAUCGUGAAGCCCGUGGAAAUACAAAUAGGCAAGA